AUGCAUUAUGUUGACUCACCCCAGGAUAAAGUUUUCCGGCAACUUGUUAGCUCAACAUUCAUUAGUUGCGAGAGACCAAUCCCUAUUUCAGACAGUACAGCUUCAAAGUACCUCCGGAUAGCAACUCUGGAAGCUCUGAUCGCGGACCAAAUUUCAGCCAAUAUCUUCCGAACCAUUCCAAGUUACACAAGUUGGUUCAAGUCGAUUUCCCCCGCUCCAGAUUGGGACGUAAUAGCAAAGCAGGAGCCUUUACGGGAGGCUGUUCUAAGAUCAGUUUCAGCAAUUGUAUACACCAAAGAACAACAGGAGCUCAAGGAAACCGGAAUCGUGAGCAUCAUGGACGAUAUCGCCCGCAAGACACGACCGCUCAUAUGUGACAUGCGUUCUUUUGAAGACGAGUUACGGAGUUUGUUGCAAGAUGCUGUGGAUAUCUGGAGUCUGACACAAAGAAGCCCUCAACGGAUAAUCGCAUUUCUUAAUGAUAAGACCUCUGUGGACUCUCCUGCCUUUGAAAUUGAUGAAGGUAUCUCCAUUCCGGCAGAAUCGAGCGAGUCAAGACCAAGAGCGCCGAUACUGACUUUCCCGACCGUCUUGGUGGCCAAUACGUCGAAAAUACUUCAUUCAGGGUAUGCUCUGCAUGCAUCUAACCCUUUGAUUUUUUCCGGAACUAUUGAGGUAGAGGACCAAGUCAGCCGGGUGAGAAAACUGAAGACUGUCAAAGGGAUAAUUAGACAAAACCAAAUUGCUCUCACCGAUAUUCUACGAGAAUAUGAUAUCAAUCGGACCAGCACCGUGGCCAAGAAGCUUCUGGAGGGCGAAGUUUUUGAUUCGACAUUGAAGGCUAAAAAUCGAUUUCCGGAGUUAUUCGAUGUCUCGCCUACCCAGAGUGCUGAGAGAGAAGCUUCAGAGGCAGAGGCAGCGAGAGAUGAGGCCAACACUGUGAGAGAGAUAUCUGAUAGGGAGGCCUCAAAAGACACUGCACUCAUUUCUCACACUGAACUCAAAGGCGAACGGACGUUUGGUGAUAGCCAGUUCACUUCCGCGAAAUCUCUAGAGCAGGAUACAGACACACCUAUAGCCGUUCGAUCGCUCUAUCCGGUUUACAUUCACUAUCGGUGUCAGCAUGACAUUUUGACGACUAUACAGGAAUUGCUUGAAGAUAGUUGCUUCGAGUUUGCUCAGCAACAUUUCCCUCAACUCUUGGCAACGAAUGGAUGGGACUGUCCCGAGGCGGUCGAACUUACCGAAUGGACCAAGAUACUCUCUUGCCAGUCUAACCCGCCGAUAAACAAUCUAAAAAACCCCCUGAACGAAUUUAUUGGCCUCCUUCGAGAACUUCGACAUUCUGCCGUGCACCGGCUUCGAAAAACUGCAAUUGGUGUUGAGCGGCUUGCCGAGAACGCAUAG